AUGUACGACAACUUGCAAGGACGAGAAGAUUUCUACGAUAGGCGCGUGGAGCCUAGGUACCACUGCAGCUCGCCGCAUGGGCAUCAUCUGCAGCUUGGUUCUGCGGUGCCAGGACUACAAGAACAAUAUCAACGACAAGGACGACAACAACAACAAGAAUUACCCGCCAAGUAUGAUCACAACAGCAUCCAUGUCCACGCCCGCAACUCGUGCCGCCUUCUCGCCAAAAACAAGCUUAUAUUCACACACGCCGAGGCGGCUACUUUGCCCUGGUGGAACGAGAAGGGGUUCAAGAACAAAGAAAAAAAGAAUUCUCCGACGUCACGCGGUUGGGUUCACCGUUACCACCCACCUACCGCACCGCAGCUCGAAACUCUCGCACGGUGGUCAGUCCCGCCAACCGCCAACCGCCAUAUCGAAAACACUGAAACAGAUCAUUUGAGAGAGAGAGAACGACGUCAUGUUUGUGGUCGUGGCUCCCGUCUCUCAACCAGUCCUCUUGAUGCAAUAAGACGACCCGAAGUCGAGGUCUGUGACACAGCCGGAGCGCAAGGCUCUCCUAAACAGCAUUAUAGCUGGUGGUACAUGUGCAGAAGUGCCCGUCUCUCACAGACUGAUCACAAGUGGACUUAUGGUGAAUGA